CGCCGCCAAGUGCACUCUGGGCCGUUGGAGGACUGGAUGAUGGCGGCUGUCCCGAUAACACGAUGCGGUUUGUGCUCAUUAACUGUCAUGUGCCGGGCAAAUUCACGUUUCAGGCGCGCUGCCUUUUAUUCCACGGCGUUUUCGGUAACCUCUUCCCCUCCGGCCGAAGGUGCAAUAGGCGACCACAUACCACCUCCAAAACAAAGACAAAGGAGAGAGUCUUCUUCUCCAAGAACUGAAAAGAUGAAAGUGGACCAAAACUGGUGCAACGUGUACCCAACUGCUGCAACAUUCAAACCUUCCGUUGUGCCUCUUCCUGUUCGCAUGGGUUAUCCAGUAAAGAGAGGCAUACCACCAAGCAAAAUAGGAAACCUGGAGCUCAUAAAAAUUCCAAACUUUUUGCACCUCACACCCCCUGCAAUAAAAAGGCACUGUGCAGCUUUAAAAGAUUUCUGUACUGUGUGGCCAGCAGCACUUGAUAAUGAUGAAAAAUGUGAAGAACAUUUUCCUAUUGAAAUUCAAACAACUGAUUAUGUUGCAGCAGGAUCUACUGUCCGAAAUCCGAAUGCUAGAGUGGUUACCUUGACAAUCAGACUUUCGAAUCUCAAUUUGGAUGACCAUGCCAAGAAGAAACUCAUUAAACUUGUUGGAAAUCGAUACGACAAAAAUACCGAUAUGCUUACCAUUACAACAGACAGGUGCCCACUGAGGCGGCAGAAUUAUGAUUAUGCCCUGUACUUACUCACUGUUUUGUACCACGAAUCAUGGAAAACAGAAACAUGGGAAUCUGACAUAACUGAAGCAGACAUGGAUGAAUUUAUUUGGGAGAAUAGUCAAUCUGAGAAAAAUGCUUUGAACACAAUCUUCAGGAUGAAAGAAGCUGAAAAAAUUCCUUCAACCUCAAAAGAAGAAAUUGUUAAUUCACCAGAAGUAAAAAAUUAUAAGGAGUCUGUUGUGAACAUUAAAAAUGAAGGGGAAACAGAAGAUAGCAUUUUACAAUACAAAGAAUCUGUGAAAAGACUGUUGAGAUUGCAUGCUGCAAUGUGAUCUAUAAGAUGUUACAGAUGACAUGACCAAUGUAUAUGCAGUUGGAAUAUUGGUUGUACAGACUUAAUCAUUAAACUUGAUGACAUGACAUAUUCAUGUAAGUGGUCUUGAGAAAAAUAUUAGAUUCUGAGUGUAAACAAAUGUUCUUUACAAUUGUAUUUGAGUUGAAAAUAUGAAGUACAGAAUGUGAAUAAAAUGUCAACUUUUAUUUCGUUAAUGUACAAUCCAUACGCUACACUCAUUGCUUCUGCCCUAAACUUUUGCACCUGUUUAUUUUUCUUUUCAGGUCUUUCUCUGUUAGCAUGCCUGCCAUUUGUAUUUAAUGUGUGUAAUUGUGUUUUUCCACUUCUGACAGGUUCUUUGCAGUUUUUUUACAUUCAAAACAGGACGGCGCAGUAUCGUAGUGGUUAGCACAACGCUAUAUGAUACCAGUGACUCAGAUACAGUUCCCGCUGCUAUCUGUAAGGAGUUUGUACAUUCUCUUCAUGACUGUGUGGGUUUCUUCCGGGUGCUCAGUUUCCUUCCACAGUCCAAAGACUGUAAAUUGUCUCAUAAUUAGGUUAGGGUUAAAUCAAAGUUUGCUGGGCUCUGCAGCUCAAAUGACCACUGCACUCUGUAUCUCAAUAGAUAAAUUAAAACAAUACUAUUUCUUGCUCAGA